GGCUCAAUGCGGGACAAAAAGAAGGAGGAGCAGAACCGCGGCAAACCCAACUGGGAGCACUUAAAUGAGGAAUUGCAUGUUCUCAUUACUGUAGAAGACACAGAGAACAGAGCCAAACUUAAAAUUCAGCGGGCAAUUGAAGAGAUCCGAAAGCUGCUUGUUCCAUCAGCUGAUGGUGAAGAUGAACUCAAGAAGAGACAGCUGAUGGAGCUUGCCAUUAUCAACGGCACAUACAGAGAUUCUUCCAGCAAGAAUGCAGUGGCCUUUUUGGCCUCUGCCCAGAGCAGCCACUAUAACGGGGGUCGACUGUACCCAGUGAACGAAUUUGAGGCACUGGGUCAUCUUGCAGGGGAGGCACCACGCCUCAUCACGCCAGGAAUGACACUCCCGUCUCCGCUGCGCACAACUACACCGCUGGGUGGUCCUCCUCUCAUCAUGCCUGCAAGGAUCCAUGUUCCAACUUCAAAUGCGCUGAUAAAUGGAACAGGAAAUGCUGGGAUGCCGCCACCACUGAUUGCUGCAAGUGAUGCAUCUGCUAGUCUCCUGUAUGCUGCUCCAUAUGCCGCUGCUGCAGAGUAUGCUGCCAACUACGCUGCCCUCACCUCCCCCCUCCUCACUGAGUACCCCCCGGACGCUGCUGGUGUAGCGGCUAAGCAGCGGCGCCAUUUGGGCCAGGCACGGGAGCACCCCUAUCAAAGGACGGGUACGCUCUCGUAGGCCACAACCCAGCUGACCUGGCGCGUUGCUAACCCGCCCCGGGCUCCUUCUCUUGUGUCCCUCGUGUCACUACUGACCAGCACUGAGGCACCACCACCACCACCACUCCACCACCACCACCACUCACCCUAGGACACACCACUAACCGCGCUGCGCUCGGGUGCCGCAGCAUCGCCCACCCGGCUCCACGAUCGUCGGUACGUGCCAUCGGUGCCGCUCCAAUACCGCCCAUGACCAAGGGCAGGUUGAUGACCUAUGGGUCUAAUGGCCACUACACUGCCGACCCGUGUACAAGGGCAGGGCUCAGAACCUUCUGGGUGGGCACAGGGAAGCCUUUGCAUAAUGUUGAGGCUAUGGUGCCUACGUGUCCCAACUGCCUGCCCACAGGGGCACGACAACCACCAGUUUGUCAACUAAACUUUAAAGUACUAACUUGUGUAGAGAUACUAAAUAUUACAACAGAAACCUCUGUGACAAUGUUCAAAGUCAUUCCUAGGGUGGAAUACUGCUCAGCUAUAGGCAGCUCCUACUUAGAAUCUCCAGUAACAUAAGUGAUGAAUCUGUUUGAAGAAAAUAAAUUCUUUGUAAUUCUGAAGAUCAAUUACUUGAGACUGGUACUAUAUAAUGUGUGCAUUUAGAGAUGGUGCUAAUGUUAAGCUUGGUCACACAGCUUUAUCGUUAGGGUCUUUGUGUUGUUGGUGUUAUAUCUUUAUUAUAAAUAGAUUAGUAAAUAGGUGUUAAAAAGAAUCUCGAUAGCUUCUAGUGCAAAGUGUCAUGUAAGUUUUAAUGUCAAUCUUCCAAGCCUUGUGCUGUGAUAUGGGACAAUUGGACCAAUCUAGAGCCCAUUAAUAUUUGGCCAAUAUAAAGCGCAAGUGAAGGUGCAGCUUUCUUUUAAGGACAGAAGUGAUAAUACAGUGUACAGAAUCUGAAGAAGAAUGCCAAAUCAUGACCAGGAUGCGGGAUUUAAAAAAGUUUAAUGACCAUUGUAUUAGAAUUUAUUCAAAGAAAGAAUAUUUACUUUUGUUUUUGAUCAUUGAGCAGUUUAUUUAAAAGUAUACUUUUAGUUAAGAAGUGAUUUAGAUUAACCCAGUUGGUUAGUUGCUUUUCUGAAUGAUAAAACCAAAAGUUAUAUUGGAUAUAGAUUUAUGAAAAGAAUCCAAUACACUUGAAAACAAGGGAUAACAAAUAUAGCAAUUAGAGAAUGAAGCUAUAUUUGUUUUCCAAUGGCUGAUUAAGUGUAAGGAUUUGGUUGGUUGGUGUAAUUUAGUGUAAGUCAGAUUGGUUAUUAGACCAAGUUAGAAGUGCCUUAAUUUACUAGAUGGGCUCCUCAAACUACUAAGGUUUUCUUCAGAAAUGACUAUUGUAAUUCUCUCUGAAUGCCCUCUAUAGUGGAGCCCAGUGGACCUCUUAUGUAGAGAUUAAUGUGCCAAUAGGAAAAUAAAUUAUGAUGUGGUAAGUAGCUGUUAGCCUCUUGUUGUUACUCAGGCGGGUUCUUGAAGAAAGCGAAGAAUUGGGAAACUGUUUACCACACUUCCUGAGGUUAGCAGGUUGCUAUGGUGCGACGGUCAUUGGCGAAUAUUAGCAGGUGAAGGUGUGACACUUGUGUACAUAGUUGUUCAUCAUCUCAUUAUUGUACUUAACCAUUUAUUGUACUUAAGCAUGGAUCUAUGCAAUGACAAUUAAAUGAGAAGCAUUUUGGGGGGUAGAAAGCCUAAUGUACGAAGGUCAUUUCUAUUUUAGUUUUCCCAUUGUCGCUGUUGUUUGUGCCAUACUUGGAUGUUUGGAAAGCAUCCAAGAUUCGCCUUCGUCUCAGUAUGUGCAAAUAUUAAAUGUAAGUAGUUGUACUUACCAGACGUAUCAACAGGUAGUUGUGUAAGUAGUACGUAUUAUGCAUUAACAUCAAACCAUGUUAGGGUGGAGGUUCCUUUUUCAUCACUUGUGGAUAAGCUGUUGUACGCACAUGUGCCAAUUUUUUGUAUAGGAUAUAAAUUCAUCCCUGUUAAUAAGCCUUCCUCUUUUGUUGCCUAAUCUUGGUUGUGACUUCCCCAGAGCUUCAGUUGCAGGAGUUCAAGUUUUGAGUCUAUAUUUCAGUUUUUAGAUAUUUUUCUCAUGCAUGUAAUUGGAUAUGUACUUGGUGUACAAGAAUGUAUACUCAGAAUAAUCUAAAAAAAAAAAAAGUGUUAAUGUUAAUCUGGUAAGUGAAACUAAAUGUAUAAUUAUUUAAGCACAAGAAUCUCAGUGUUCUAGAUGUUAUUUUUUUUAGUAAGUAUGAAGCCUCCUGUUGAAAUAUAUUUUGGUGCUACCCCACAUAUGCCAGCUAGUGAGGAGAGCGUAGUAACCACCCGUCCUGUUUGCAUAUGUCUGAUAGUCAUGCUGGCCCUGAGCUAGUAUUCUUUGCUUCAUUGCUUUUACACCAACUCGAUAAUCAUACUCAUUGUCACAAAAAAGGUGAACGACAAAGCAUUUCUUUAAGAAAAAAAUAAAUCAUUUCUGUGAUUCUACACUACUUAAUGAAGCAAGACCUUUUGACAGUUCAGGUACAACAUGACUGGUGUUGUUUUGUGACUCCUGUACAGUGCCUGCUCUGGUACUUGUCUUUGGAUGCGUCCGGAUGAUUGUGUCAUAUUGCUCACUCAUAAGAAUGAAGUUUUAUUUCAUUUUUGAUGGAAGCUUGUAAAUUAUGAGAUAUAGAAUAUUAAAUAAUUUCUUAAUAUAAGAAAAUUUAAAGAAUACAAUUGUUUUUUACUCAUUAUCAAAGAAAUUCUUGUUUGGCUCAGUUCAUAGAUGGAUAAUAACCCAGAAUAUUUUUUGUUACAAACACUUGCAGGAAAAUACAUGUACAUAAUAUAUCAAAAACUUAACUCACAUUGCCCUAAACCUUUAUCAAAAUAUCUAAUAGAAGAUUUAUGUUAAUAAUGGCUUGUUAAUUGAACUCACAAUCAUGGGAAUGGUAUCACUGUGACGGUGGACUACUUACAGAACACUCAAGUUGGACAAUGCAUUUUAAUCCUCAAGAUGCAGAAUGUAUUUCAUUUUAUAAUCUCCUAUUCUCUAUAAUAUAAAAAUGUUUCGUACAAA